AUGUGCUACAGCUGCCUGGUCCUUAUCACUCUGCAACUUCUAGCCCAGUCCGGCCCAACCAUAGCAACAGCGCUGUCCUUUACUUCCUGCGAACCGAAAUGCUUUGACCACGGCACAUGCAAUCCAGAGACACAGAGGUGUGAAUGUCCCCUGCUAUGGCAUGGUUUCGACUGCAGCAUCCCGUUCUCGCAACCCAAGGAGCAAUGCGCGACGUACUCGCACAGUUUGCUCUCAUGCGGUAGCCGCGAUCAGACGCAGUGCCUCAACAGCUGCCACGGCCGCGGCUGGUGCGAAGGCGGCUUCUGUCAUUGCCACCCCGGGCACUACGGUGCGGAUUGUGCGCUGAGUCUCGGGCCGGAUGGCCGCCCGGAGCUGCUGUCCUGGCAGGGCUACACGCCUAGACAGCACGGUGUCAAGAUCUACGUGUAUGAGCUGCCCCCCUUGACGAACACUUGGUGA